UGUCAAUGACCAUUGUUUGCUCGUUGGGGAUGUUGCUCCGCCCCCCGAGUCUGUCGUAAACCUGGCGCUGGACUAAAAUAAACCCGAGAUCCCGCAGCUCGGGGGCUCGGCGCGCCGCGGACAGCUCUCCACUGGCGCUGCCGCCGGGCCGAGGUGGCGGGCGACGAGCGGCCGCCACGUCCCGCCCGCGCCCGCCCGGGGCCCCCCUACCUGGCCGUCCGCCGAGCCAUGUCGUUGAGCCCCAAGCACACGACGCCCUUCUCCGUGUCCGACAUCCUGAGCCCCAUCGAGGAGACCUACAAGAAGUUCGGCGGCGGCGGCAUGGACGGCGCGCCUCCCGGCCUGGGGGCGCCCCUGGGGGCCUCCGCCUACCGCGCGCCGCCGGCCGGGCCCUCCUCGCAGGCGGCGGCCGUGGCGGGCAUGCAGCCGCCCCACGCCAUGGCCGGGCACAACGCGGCGGCGGCGGCCGCGGCGGCCGCGGCGGCGGCGGCGGCGGCCGCCACCUACCACAUGCCGCCCGGCGUCUCGCAGUUCCCGCACGGCGCCAUGGGUGGCUACUGCAACGGCGGCCUGGGCAACGUGGGGGAGCUGCCCGCCUACACGGACGGCAUGCGGGGCGGCGCGGCGGCCGCGGCCGGCGGCUGGUACGGCGCCAACGCGGACCCGCGCUACUCGUCAAUCUCCAGGUUCAUGGGGCCGUCGGCGGGCGUGAACGUGGCCGGCAUGGGUUCGCUGACCGGCAUCGCGGACGCCGCCAAGUCGCUGGCGCCGCUGCACGCGGCCGCGCCGCGAAGGAAGCGCCGCGUGCUCUUCUCGCAGGCGCAGGUCUACGAGCUGGAGCGGCGCUUCAAGCAGCAGAAGUACCUGUCGGCGCCCGAGCGCGAGCACCUGGCCAGCAUGAUCCACCUGACGCCCACGCAGGUCAAGAUCUGGUUCCAGAACCACCGCUACAAGAUGAAGCGCCAGGCCAAGGACAAGGCGGCGCAGCAGCUGCAACAGGAGGGCGGCCUGGGGCCCCCGCCGCCGCCGCCGCCGCCGCCGCCGUCGCCGCGCCGCGUAGCGGUCCCGGUGCUGGUGAAGGACGGCAAGCCGUGCCAGAACGGCGCGGGCACCCCGACGCCCGGCCAGGGCGGCCAGCAGCCGCAGGCCCCGACGCCCGCGCCGGACCUGGAGGAACUGUCGCCCAGCCCGCCCGCGCUGCACGGUCCCGGGGGCGGCUUGGCGGCCCUGGACGCGGCCACCGGGGACUACGGCGGAGGUGUGCUGGGCACCAACCUGCUCUAUGGCAGGACGUGGUGAUGAGCCCCGGGGUCGGCCUGCGGCUCGCAGCGUUUGCCAGGAGACUGCAAGAACGAAUGGGGAAAGUGUACAGAAGCUGACCCUUUAGUGCAUGGAGAUGAGAAGGAGCGAGUCGCGGAGAGGGUCGGGAGGCUCUGAGCCUCUUUGCUGGGGGUGGGAGAAGGCGACGGCCCCGGACCGAAUAAUGUGACACCACACUUUGAGGUGGUGAUUUCCCUUCUUUCAGAAGUUCCUAAGUUAUGCGAAGAACUGACGGAAUCCACAUUCACCACGUUCCUAACCAAAGCUCUCAGAGUUUUAGAAGUCGGAAACUUUGUUGGUGUUUGUAUCUCUAUAAAUCAACCAGCUUUCACGAUGAAUCCUUGAAGUGGAAUUUAUUUUGGGAGAUUAAUUUGCAAAGCCCCUCCCCUAAGUGCAAUUUCGUUAAUGCUUGAUUGAAAGUAAAUUGAAUUGUAGCCCAAAGUGGAUCAUAUACACAGCAACAUGAUUGCCGAGGAAUUACUGCCAUUUGGGUAAAAUAGCGCAAUGGAAUAAAAAUCGAAAUCCUAAUUAUAUGGAUCGUUACCGUUUUUACAUUUAAAUGCUGAUUUUAAGAUAUUUUUGUUCAUUAUUAGGCAACCAAGUAAUUGUAUAUUGUCCUAGAAGAGCACAAUCCCCACUCUACCCCAAGAUGCAGCUCAUCAUUUUUUUAAAAGGCUUAUAAAGUACUUUUUUUAUAUAAAAUCUGGUCUUUCCAAAUCAGCUGAUAAACAUACCCUUUCCUUCCAAAACAUGGCAUUUAUUCUCGUCCUAGUAUUUGUUUCUGAAUUUGAACUCCUCGACAAAGUCUUAGAACAAGCAAGUAAAAUUGCCAGUAUUACCGUCAAUCUAUUUCAAAGCAUGUCAAGAGGAAUAAGGUGAUUUACUGAAUUUUAUCAAGAUAUACAGAAAAAGUAAGAUAAUUAUGCUUU